AUGAACGCACAUAUUCUGGUGGCUCGAGUCGCUCUGCGACAAAGCUGCAGCAACUCCCUCCGGCAGAUUCCGGCAUCCAGACUAUUCGCCUCAGCAUAUCAUUCAUACUCACUACCAACCUCUACUACCCGAAACGUCGGCAGAGAGAGCAUUCCUGAAUCGUCGGUAGCUCAUCCAGAGAAACUUCCUAAAGUUCACGAAACCCGACCGCCUCCAAAACAAGCAACACAAGCCGCGACUCCCGCAACCCCAGAACCCAUUCAAGAUCAAGCGUCAACGUCGACGUCAACGUCAACUUCAAAGGCGGCCGAACCCGCGGUACAAAAGCCCAAAGCUGCCAGACCACGACCUAAGCUGAGGGCGCGAAAGGCAGCCAUGAAACUUACCCCCGCUGCUGUAGAGCAGCUCCGCGCGAUGUUGGACCAGCCGGACCCGAAGCUUAUCAAAGUUGGUGUUCGUAACCGGGGUUGCAGUGGCCUGGCGUAUCACCUGGAAUAUGUCGACAAGCCCGGUACUUUUGAUGAGUUGGUGGAACAAGAUGGAGUCAAGGUGCUCAUUGAUAGCAAAGCACUGUUCAGUAUAAUCGGAACGGAAAUGGACUGGGCCGAGGAUAAACUGAAUCAAAGAUUCGUCUUCAAGAAUCCUAAUAUAAAGGAACAAUGCGGCUGCGGAGAAUCCUUCAUGGUGUAA